AUGUUUGAGAUCGUAGAACAUUUACGUGGUACUGCUAUAGAACUGCUCCAAUCCCGUGAUUUACAUAUCAUUUUCGAUGAAUCCUUCAGUGAAUCGAGUUUCCCUGAGGUCUUGGACAUUCAACGAAAUUCGUCUCGUAGCGAGAUAAAAGUUGAAAUAAAAACGGGUUUAAAAGGAAAACUUUACUCCUUUCUAUGUGAAAGAUUGCUGGAUGAAUCCGCAGCAGAGAGUGGCAAUGUGGAGGACUUUAUGCGCUUAUAUUUGAGCGAGCCAUCGCGCUUAGCAGUGAGAGACGUGAGGGGUAGGACUGCGGCACACCAAGCCGCCUCCAGAAACAACACGAAUAUAUUACACUUCAUUAACAACUACGGCGGAGAUCUGAACUCUCGAGACAACUCUGGCAACACUCCACUUCACGUCGCUGUCGAGAAUGAGGCACUAGAUGCUGUCGAGUUUCUACUACAACAGCAAGUUGAUACGGGAGUGUUGAACGAGAGAACGCAAGCACCAAUUCAUCUUGCGACUGAGUUAAAUAAGGUUGCUGUUCUUCAAAUAUUUGCCAAGUACAAGACCCAAUUCAACGUUGAUUUGGGCGGGGAACAUGGAAGGACAGCGUUGCACUUCGCCGCUAUCCAUGACCACGAUUUGUGUGCUAGGGUCUUGAUUACAGAUCUAGGCGCCCAGUGCAAGAUACCUUGCAACAACGGCUAUUAUCCAAUACACGAAGCGGCUAAGAACGCAUCUUCGCGCACCAUGGAAGUUUUCCUUCAGUGGGGCGAGUCGAAAGGCUGUACGAGGGAGCAAAUGAUAUCGCUCUACGAUAACGAGGGGAACGUGCCGUUGCACUCGGCUGUCCAUGGUGGCGAUAUUAAAGCAGUGGAACUUUGCCUCAGGUCCGGUGCUAAGAUAUCAACGCAGCAACAUGACUUGUCGACGCCCGUACAUUUGGCAUGUGCACAGGGUGCUCUGGAAAUAGUGAAGCUGAUGUUUACAAUGCAACCAAAAGAGAAGAUGGCCUGUCUCACCUCCUGUGACGUGCAGAAGAUGACGCCGAUUCAUUGCGCAGCCAUGUUCGAUCACCCAGACAUUGUCAAUUACUUGAUAUCAGAAGGUUCCGAUAUCAACCCUCUGGAUAAGGAAAGGAGGUCACCUUUACUUUUGGCUGCGUCGAGAGCCGGAUGGAGGACUGUUCACACAUUGAAAAGAGCAAUUCGAUCAAUUUAUAAUCUUAGGAUUAGGGACUCUUUAAGGGAGAAAUUUAAGGAAAUAGACAUUAUGACUGUUGCUUCUCAAUACAUAUACGAGAACUUAAUACUGCAAAAAGUUAAUAACUCUUUCAAGGGUCUUUGUGUGCGCUUCUACAAUAAGGUCCCAAGCAAAAUACAACAAUUAGAUAUCAUGCAGUUUAAAUCUACUAUUAAAAAAAUACUUAUUAAAAAAGCUUAUUAUAAGAUCAGACUGGGAGCUGAUAUACAGCUGAAGGAUAUCAACUCCAGGAACGUUCUACAUUUAGUUGUCAUGAAUGGUGGGCGACUCGAAGACUUCGCCGCUAGUUGCAAAAGGAAGGAUGUUUUGGGAGAAAAUGCUCCUUCAUAUGCGACCAUAAAAAAUUGGGUGGCUGAAUUUAAACGUGGCCGUACCAGCACCCAAGAUGAACAUCGUCCAGGACGUCCAAAAAGUGCCACUACUUCAGAAAUUGUGAUCAAAAUUCAUGAUGCAGUAUUAGCUGAUCGAAGAUUAAAACCUUCCGAGAUAGCUGAUAUUGUAGGCAUCUCUAAACAACGAGCGUAUUACAUUUUGACUCAAGAAUUAUGUAUGAAAAAAUUAUCCGCAAAGUGGGUACCGCGAUUACUUACAGUUGACCAAAAACGUGUUUCACAAGAAUGUUUGGACCGCUUUAAUAGCAAUACAACAGAUUUUCUGCGACGGUUUGUUACUACAGACGAGACUUGGGUUCACCACUAUAUUCUUGAAUCAAAAAUUCAGUUUAAACAAUGGACGGAAAAAAGUCAUAGCGAUAAUAUGCGCGUUCACACGUGCCUCACUGCGAUGGCGAAAUUCAAAGAAUUAAAUUAUGAUUUGCUACCACACCCAGUUUAUUCUCCUGAUCUGGCACCAUCUGACUUUCAUCUAUUCCCUAAGCUCAAAAUUUUUUUAAGAGGUGGAAUUUAUCAAAAUCCUUUCUUAGGGGAUGCCUACGUUAUAGUAGCUUUAUGCAUGCAAAGUCUCACCCCGACUGGUUUAAAAUUGACUAAAUUUCAUACAAACUUUCAUACCCUAUUUUAUCCCCUUGGGGGUAGAAUCGAUCGAAAUCCUUUCUUAGCGGAUGACCGUUGCGAGAAAAGUCUGGCACAACUCCUAAACGAGAAAGACAACACCGGCUGCUCCCCUCUUCAUUAUGCAAGUCGCGAGGGCCACAUCAGGUCACUGGAGAACCUGAUCAAGCUCGGUGCCUGUAUCAAUCUAAAGAACAAUAACAAUGAGAGCCCUCUGCACUUCGCAGCGAGGUACGGCCGUUACCACACCGCCUGUCAACUUCUCGAUUCAGACAAAGGUACUUUCAUCAUAAACGAGAGCGACGGUGAAGGUCUAACGCCCCUUCAUAUAGCAUCCCGUGAAGGUCAUACAAGAGUCGUUCAACUUCUUCUCAAUAGAGGUGCACUUCUCCAUAGAGAUCACAAUGGAAGGAAUCCUCUACACCUCGCAGCUAUGAGUGGAUAUACACAGACUAUAGAGCUGCUGCAUUCUGUGCAUUCUCAUCUAUUAGAUCAGGUGGAUAAGGACGGGAAUACGCCUCUACACUUAGCUACGAUGGAGAACAAGCCAAAUUCUAUUGCUCUAUUACUAUCAAUGGGAUGUCGUUUGAGUUAUAACAAUAUGGACAUGAGUGCUAUCGACUAUGCUAUCUAUUACAAGUUUCCCGAAGCGGCAUUAGCUAUGGUUACACAUGAAAAUAGAGCUAAAGAAGUAAUGGCAUUAAGAUCAGACCGUCAUCCUUGUGUAACGUUGGCACUCAUCGCGUACAUGCCGAGAGUAUUUGAGGCUGUACAGGACAAAUGCAUCACUAAAGCUAACUGCAAGAAGGAUUCGAAAAGUUUCUACAUCAAAUACAACUUCGACGCGUUAUGUCCUCAAUUGAAAGAUGACGAUGGCACAAGGAAAACGGAGAACGUGCCGAAAUCACAGAAAAUACCGUUGCCGGCGUUAAAUAUUAAGUACUCUUUCAAAUUCUAUCAACACUCCAAACUGGAAGUAGACGCGCUGAGACUCGCGCUGAAUGAUCCAAAAUUUCGGCCAGAACCGUUGAAUGUUAUCAACGCUAUGGUAGCACAUGGCAGGGUCGAGCUACUAGCUCAUCCACUGAGCCAAAAAUAUCUUCAAAUGAAAUGGAACUCUUAUGGAAAAUACUUUCACUUGGCUAAUUUACUUUUCUAUUGCGUGUACCUGAUAUUGGUCACAGUUUACACAUACCUACUCAUGAUGAAUGUUAAUCCGAGCAUAGCUGUGAUGAAGAAAUCCAUUCAUAAAUGUGAUGUUUUAUCAAAUAAUACGUCAGUUGUAAACAAUUCAGCGAAUAUAUCUCAUUCUAAUGAUAAUAUAACGAAAACAAUGCCGAAACCAACAAAAUUAUCGAUAGAUUUCGAAGAUAUGAUAGCUAUGUAUACUUGUACCGUUGCUAUCAUUGUCUACAACGCCAUUUGCCUGGUACGAGAAGCUUACAACGUGAAACAGCAAAAAUGGCAUUAUUUAGUGGAUCCAUCGAACCUAGUGUCAUGGUUACUAUAUAUUUGCUCUACUCUCAUGGUUUUCCCAACUUUGUUUGGCGAUUUUAAUGAUAUACAGUUUUCAGCGGCAUCCAUAACGGUGUUUCUAUCCUGGUUCGAACUACUACUCUUACUGCAGAGGUUUGAUCAGAUCGGUAUCUACGUGGUGAUGUUCCUUGAGAUCUUGCAGACUCUCAUCAAAGUGUUGAUGCUAUUCUCCAUUCUCAUUAUUGCGUUUGGACUGGCAUUUUACAUACUUCUGUCUAAAGGCCACCAUUUGUCUUUUAACAGCAUUCCAAUGUCUUUAAUGAGGACUUUUGCUAUGAUGCUUGGAGAAAUAGAUUUCGUCGGAACAUAUGUGCAGCCUUAUUACAAGGCGGAGACUGAUAUAAUGCUACCGUUCCCGAUUCCAACUUUCUUUAUACUCGGUCUUUUCAUGGUGCUCAUGCCAAUUCUGUUGAUGAAUCUGCUCAUCGGUUUGGCUGUUGGCGAUAUUGAAAGUGUUAGACGAAAUGCCCAACUGAAACGACUGGCAAUGCAGGUUGUAUUGCACACGGAAUUAGAGCGGAAACUACCCACUAUACUACUUGAAAAAGUAGAUAAGGAUGAAUUGAUUGAGUAUCCCAAUAGCAAAUGUAGAAAACUUGGCUUCCUAGAUCUCAUUCUUAGGAAAUGGUUCUGCAAUCCUUUUAACGAUGAAGCGAUUGCCAUUGCAGCUGGUUUAGAUUUAGUGCUAGAAAGUAGCGAAGAUUACAUAACCAAUGAACUUGAGAAACAGAAGCGCAAACUACGCGAGAUGUCCCAGUUAAUGGAGCAACAGCAUAUGCUAAUACGUCUGAUAGUGCAGUCUGAAAAGAGGAAAUCAGCGGGAAUUAACACGAUGUUCGCUGAGAUGAUUAAACUAGGAUCCGUACGGGACGUUUUCUGGUUUCUGGAAAGGAAAGCUGGAAAGGUUCUGUCGGAUUGGAAACGCGCUGUCUUUGUGCCCUUAUACAGAGGCGAGGGAUCACGCGUGGAUUGCGCUAACUACAGCGUCAUUAGUUUGAUCAGCUUAGCAGACAAAGUGUAUAGAAAAAUACUUGCAAGGAAAAUGACGGCAACAUGCCGCCCUGUACUGGAACAAGUGAAUGACUUUGUAUAUCUUAGGUGUGCUUUUAGUAGGGAUGGAAGAUGGAAGAAAAUGGAAAUUAAAACCGAGGCGGACGACGUUGACGAAGGAGUAUCACCAUCAGACACUCGUAUCCUUCCACGUUGGAACUCCCCUAGGAUCAAGAAAAAACUUCGAACAGCCUCAUCAUUCAACAAAGGGGGCUAAUCAUCGAAAAAUCAUG